AUGAAUCUCGACCGUCCAGGCAGGGGCCUCACCCUCCCCUUCAUGAAGUACCGCGAGAGCAAUUCUCAGCAUGAACACCGCCUCGCUGGCUUUGGUUGGCUCCCUAACAAGGUCCGCAACCAAUUCAUUGCCGUCGUUGGCGAGUUUGUCGGAACUUUCCUCUUCCUGUUCUUCGCCUUCAGCGCUACCCAAGUCGCCAAUGCCGCUACCAGCAAUGCUUCGUCGAGCAAUACGGAUGGCUCUAUCACCCAAGCCCCCAACACAUCUGCUCUGUUGUACAUUGCAUUGGCCUUUGGCUUCUCGCUUGCUGUCAACGCCUGGGUCUUCUUCCGCAUCACUGGCGGUCUCUUCAACCCAGCAGUCCUGGGCGGCAUUGCUGCUGCUGGAAUCGUCUCGUGCCUUUUCCCUUCCGCCAUGAACGUAUCGACAACUCUCGGAGGUGGCACUUCAAUCGUCAGAGGCCUGUUCAUUGAGAUGUUCCUGACCGCCAUGCUCGUCUUCACCAUUCUCAUGCUGGCUGCUGAGAAGCACAAAGGAACCUUCCUUGCUCCCAUUGGCAUCGGACUGGCACUUUUCAUCGCCGAACUUACCGGUGUCUACUUUACUGGUGGCAGUCUCAAUCCCGCCCGCUCCUUCGGACCAUGCGUCGUUCUGGGCGUCUUCCCAGGCUAUCGUAAANNCUGGAUCUACUGGCUUGGCCCCUUCCUCGGAUCCAUUCUGGCCGUCGGAUUCUACAAGUUUAUCAAAAUUCUGGAAUACGAGACCGCCAACCCUGGACAGGACUUCAACGACAAGGAGGCCGAGGUUUUCCAGGUUGAUGAGGACACGGCAACUACUGCAGCAGAUGUGGCCAGACCGAACGUGGCAAUCGGACGUAGUGAGUACAUUGCUGACGGCCGCGGCAUCUAUCACUCACAAGAUGUUCGCCAAGCUGCAGCUGCUCCUCGUGCUCCUGCAAACUAUGGCAACACUGGUUACGGAAACACUCAUCCCUCCGGUCCCGCUCCCGCCCUUCCUCCCAUUAAACAGGUUUCUUCUGCAAGUGAAGGUAACCCUACCGGCUCACGUGGCUACGACGGUACCUUGUCUGGAACUACUCAUGAUGGUGCCGAUUCUGACCGUACUCGUGAUAGUCUAAAUGUGCCUCGAGAUGCCCACCGCGCUCCCGACCAUGUUUAUGACGAGAAGAGACGUCGCAGUUCGAGCAUCAGCGGCACCCAACAUCAUGAGAGAACACGUCGCAGCUCCAGUUUCGGCAACGCUCACCAGGGUGAUCGUUACCAGGCGUCUGCCGAUGCAGAAAGGGGUGACAUUGGAGGAAGUUACAAGGUUUCGGGACUUUGA